GUGGAAGGUGAGAGGUGAGAGAGGUGAGGGAUGUUAGCGGCAGGCAAUUAUCAGCUGUCCACCUCAUAGUAUUGGUACUGUGUGUCCCGCGGUGCAAGUCGCGUCCUGGGGGGUUGUCGAAGCGCGUCUUGCAGAGUCUCGGCCUCGAUAAACAGCGCUCCACUUAUAUUCCAAUUAAUGGGCAACCAACACCAACACCAACACCACCAAUACACGCCUGCUUGUUUGCCUGUUGUCUGUUGCAAGAUUUCAGCAGAGCCAGAGCGUUUCUGCCGUUUAUUAUACCAAGUCUGAAGUCGCUUUCGAAUUCUUAUUCUUACUACUAUCAAACUCGCCUAAUCUCUCUCGCCCUGAAGGUCCACAAUCUCUUCGAUCGCGCCCUUCCCUCGCCCGCGGGGCACUGCGCGGUCGAUUUUAUAGCGGACGAAAUCUGGGUAUAAUCAACCAUCCAAGGGACAACAAUCUCGCGUUGUCUCCUAGAGGCUCCCCGUCAGCAAUUUCUCCGUCGUUGAGCAAAAUUAGCAGCGCGUUACGUUUUCUUCCUUCGCCAUGUAUCUUCCUAGGGAACUCAUAUCGAAGUUAUAUCUGCAUCUGCAGGCCACUCGACACCCCCUCUCACCACCUGUUCUCGUACUUGUAGCCCUCGAACCCGAUGCGCUCUGCGCCUGCCGAAUUCUCACGCGUCUCUUCAAACAUGACUAUAUCCCGCACAAGAUCCAGCCUGUGGCAGGCUAUGCCGACCUGGAGCGCAUUGGACAAGAGCUCGUCAGUCCCAUGAUGGAAACGAGGGGCGGUGCCGGUGGAGUGGUGGUAUGCUUGGGUGUUGGUGGUAUGGCUGAUCUGGGAAGUGCCUUGGGCUUGGAACCCGAAGGGGAAGAAAACACGUUUGGUGGUGUUGAGGUUUGGGUGGCCGAUUCUCAUAGGCCUUGGAACCUGUCCAAUGUCUUUGGUGGCUUUCCAUUAGAACCCGAGACGGAGGAUGCGACGACAUUUUCAGCCAGGACCCCGCGUGGGGUCAAGGCUGGCCAAAUCGAACAUAACUACAAGCCAGGCAAGGGAGGAAUCAUUGUCAUGGACGAUGGUGAUAUUGAGGAACACUUGGUCAAGGAGAAGGGCGCCUAUCUUGCUCUGCUGGACAUGCCGGAAAUUGAGGAUGACGGGGAGGAUCUUGGGGGAAGCAGUGACGAGGAAAGCGAGGUCGGCGAGCUACCAAGCUCAGCGGUGCCUCGAGCUGGUCAGAAGCGAAAAUCCUGGGACUUUGAGGACGACAGCGACGAGGAUGACGAUGAUAGACCAAGGCAAAAACGGAGGAGUAAUUCCUCGACUCCUAUUCCAGAUUCCCCCCGACGGCCAGCACAACGAGGACUCAUAUCACUCCGAGACGACGGGCCGGUCUUUAGCAGCGACCCAGCAGAUCCGCCCACCGCGGCCCAGCCGAUAAAGGGACCGUCCGCAAGGACACUUCGGCGAAGGCUGCUGCGGUUACGGCGCGAAAACGAGACGAUCCUCAGAGAUUACUACCGACUCGGUACCGCCUACUCGGAACCCAUCUCCUCCAUGAUGUACUCUCUGGCCUCAGAACUCGGUCGUGAAGACAACGACCUCCUCUGGCUCACCAUUGUCGGAGUCACCUCUAUGGAACUCUACGGCCGCUCCUCAGCCGGCAUCGCAGCCCCAGUCCGCACCGGCGAAGCCCGUCCAGCCUCUGGUUGGCUAGGCAUGCGCGGUGCCAGGAUACGACAGCUCCUGCGCGACGAAGUCCGUCGUCUGAACCCCCCAGAAAUUGGCCGGGGAGCCGUCCCGGAGAACAGUGGCAUCAUUCCCACCACGGCCCGAAGUCCAGACGACACCAGCAUCCGUCUGUCGCCCGAGCCGAAGUUCCUGUUGAUUCGUCACUGGAGCCUGUACGAUAGCAUGCUCCACUCGCCGUAUCUCUUCUCACGGCUGAAGACCUGGAGCGAGACUGGCUUGAAGCGUCUGCAUAAGCUCCUCGCCAAGAUGGGGGUCAGUCUGGUGCAGUGUAAGCAAUCGUACACUCACAUGGACAUGACGCUGAAGCGGGAGCUCCGGUCGAAGCUCCUCAAGUAUGCCUCCCUCUACAACCUCGACGAACUAGUCCCCACUAUCGAUACCGACGGGAAAGACCGCGGCGGCGCGAAGGACUCCUGGGGUUUCGUCAGGAGCUGGGGGUGGCGUGCCACGCUCUCGGCGCAAGACGUCGGCGUUGUCAUUGGCGCCCUUUUGGAAGUAGGUCAGAACAGCCCCGAGGCUUCUUCCAGCAACAAUGACGGUCCGUCGCAAGAUUUAAUGGAGAUGUCGACUGCCACGGCCCCCUCGGAGGAAUGGCUGCCACGUUUCUGGGCUGCUUACGACGCUCUCGAGGAUAUUGAGUCGCUGAAGGCUGGUUUGCCAACGGCCCAAUUCCUUCACAAAGCCAUCUUUACCACCGGGACGACGAUUCUCAAAAAGAAGCAAAUCUCGCACUUGCGCGCGUUUCGGAUGUGCGUGGUGAAGGACUCGCCGGAUAGUCAGUUGUUUAACCACCCGGGUGCGUUGACAAAACUGGCGUUGUGGAUUGGGGAGGCGCUGGCGGAGCAAGAAAAGGAUGCCACGGGGAGGCUGGCGUUGGGCGGCAGGGGAACGCCGCUUGUUGUGGCUAGUCUGGAUGAGAAGCGCGGGGUGUAUGUUGUUGUUGGGACGGGAGGGGGUGGUGGUCCGGAUACGAUUUUUUUGGAUAAGGAGGCGCAGAAGAAGAAGGUGAAGGAAAGGGAGGAGAAGGCUAGGGUUAGGGAAGAGGCGAGGAAGGUUAAGGAGAGGAUGAGGGAGGAGAAGAAGGCGGCGAAGAGGAGGGAGAGGGAGCAGAGGAGAAAGCAGGGGGGGGAAGAUGAAGAGGAGGAGGAUGAUGGGUCGGAGUUGGACAGUGAAGAUGAUGAUGAGGACAGUGAGGAUGAGGAUGAAGAUGAUGGUGAGGAUGAGGAGGAUGAGACGAGGGAGAGGGGGUAUGGGCUCAAUAGAUUUGGGACGGCGUUUCAGGAUGUGGUGGCUGAGACGAAUGCGAGGGUGAGGAUUGAUAGUUUUGAGCAUUGUGUGGUGGAGGUGAAGAAGGAGGAUUUGAGUGGGUUUUUGGAGAGUCUGAGUAUGAAGGCUGUGGUGGGCUAGAGGGAACAAAAAGGAAGGGAUGAAUGGGAGGUGUUAUCAUCAUAGGGGCGGUAGCGUGUGUGGUUUUUGUUACCCUAUAGAAGGCAGGCAGGCAGGCUUUUUUUUUUUUCUUUCUUUCUUUCUUUUUUUCGUUGUUGGUUUUGUUGUUGUUGGUUUUGUUGUUGUUGUUGUUGCUGUUAUUCAAAGUUUGUAUUUACACUUGCCCCGUUUUAUCCCCCCUUUCUUAACAUUUUUUUUUUCUUCUAUUCCCCCCCUUGGCAUACAACACACAUACAACAUAAAAGAGGGGGUUGGGAUUGGGAGGUGGGUGGAUGGAUGAUAGGGAACCAAAAAAGAGAUGGGAAAUAUUGGGGAAAUCAUGUAGGGAAGGACAAGAGCAUGUUGAAAUGGUUGACUAGGUUCUCUUGUGCAUAGCAGGCUCUUUUCUAGCUUUUGUUGUUGAAUGUUAUCAUCACUGUUCAAUAAGCAUUUCUUUCAUUUUGGAACAAUGGCUUCAUGUAGAGGUGCUAUGUCAUACUACUAGGAUGGUGUAUGUGCGUGUCGGCAGGGUCAGCUGCCAGGAACACAGGGUCGGCAUCAGUCAGUCUCAGCCAUCCACCCCUAGCUACCAAGGGGCACUGGAUGUGAUGCCGAUCCGGGCCGCUCCGUACGCAGGCCACUGUUCCCAUCAAGACCGAGCACCCCUCGCUUGCUUAUGGUUUUGUAUACCGAGCGCCGACUUGUGUACGUACACAGCUACGUCAGAGUGAGUGGUACCUGGGUGAGAUUGCUAGAGUCAAGCUUUUUUUCAGGGGUUCGAUUAUGACGAGAGGCCUGCCAGAACUGAGAAGGUAAAAAGAGUUUGGCUCCCUAGUUUAUGGUUUCUGGCUCUUGCGCGGCGGCUUAGAUAAUUUGAGGAGGGGGGAACAUGGCGGUUUAUCGAGUGGUGGUUGGGGGUUCCUUGGCGGGUUUGCACUGCCCCCCUUAGGUAAGCAAAUCACCCCUCUCUCGAAAAGGGAACGGUGAGAAGGGUUGUGGUUCUAGACUGUGCGGGAUUGUGGAAGAGAUGGUGAUGAAAUGAUGGGAGGAGGCUCUCGAUUGAUUUGCGGGAGCUGAGGUGGCCUGUUAUCAAACAUGGAGGCUGAGGAAGGGAGAAGUCAAACUAGGUAAGAAGGGCCUGUUGUUGCUGCGCCCAGUAGAGAGACCAAGAGCUGCCUGGCCGUUGCGGUCUACCGCCUGUAUGUGCAACAAGCACGGAGAGGGACAUGGUUGGCCUCCCUGAC